AUGAUAAACGGACAAAUGAGUCACCCAAUAUGGAUACGCUACUUACAAAUUGGCGAUGGCUGGAUGACAGGUCAAGUGUCUAUAACACAACGAAGUAAUUUCCAGAUUGUAUUUGAAAUUGUACGCAAUUCUCGAACUAGUGGUUAUAUCGGUUUGGAUGAUGUACAAUUAUUGGAUUAUAACUGUCCAAAUCCAGAAAACUGCAACUUUGAAUCUGGUAAAUGCACUUGGAGUAAUAAUAUAAUUGGAGAUGAGUUGGACUGGGUGUUAAAUACAGGAGGUAGUGGUUCCUCAAGAAGUGGGCCAAGUAAGGACCACACCAUAGGAACUGAUGAAGGGACUUACUUGUAUUUACAAGGUACCGAUGCUGAUAUGGAUGACUCUGCUUCACUUUAUAGUGAACCAUUGCCAGGUAGUAAAGAUCACAAAUGUUUAGAGUUUUGGUAUCACAUGUAUGGAGCUGGUAUGGGUACAUUAAGAAUUGACAUAGCUACUAAUGAUGAUACUUCUUUCACUAUAUGGACACUCAGCGGUGACCAGGGAAAUAGUUGGCAGUAUGGUAGAGUUCCAUACAGACAUGUAAAGGAGUACCAGUUAAUAUUUGUUGGAGUAAGAGGAAGUGGUAUUAAUAGUGACAUUGCUAUUGAUGACGUUGUUAUCAGUGAUGGUAUCUGUAUUGGAUUGCCUACUGAGGCUACUGUACUCCUACCAACACCAGCUACUACUUGCGAUUUUGAGUAUCCCAUAUCUGAGUGCGGCUGGUACGAAGGCACGCCUGAUGACAACUUUAAUUGGCAUAGAGCACGUGCAUAUGAUUUGCGACAUACACCAGAAUUAGCUCCAGCAGCUGAUCACACACAUAAUUCUAAAUAUAAUUACUUUGUAUACCUGGUACCCGUUGGUGCAUAUGCCAUUGAGACAGCUGAAUACCUGAGCCCACAAUUUUCCACAGCUGCCCCUGGAUGUAGACUGGAUUUGUGGUUAUAUAUGGAUGGCAUUAGGCCAUAUACAUUGGAAAUCUACCUUAUACAGGGUGAUACAGAUGUCAAGUUAUGGGCAUGGUAUCAAAGUUUUGGUGAUGAAUGGCAGAACGUGAUAAUUGGUGUUGGAUUACAAACUGGCCCAUGGCAGAUCAAUAUAAGCAGUGUGAUUUCCAAGACGAUUUCUGUGAUUGGUCACAAUCUACUAGUACAGAUGAAUUUGACUGGCUCCGAUUAUCAGGACCAACUCAGUUUGGCUAUUCAGGACCAGGUUAUGAUCAUACAUACACAAACAUUUCAGAUGCGAUUCUUUUAUCACAUGUAUGGUACAAAUAUGGGGAAAUUGAAUAUCUACACUCGUAUAUACGACAAUACAAACCAAGGACAAACUCGUGUGUGGCAACAGACGGGUGAGAAUGGUGCAUUCUGGGAUAGAGCGGAAGUUACGUUUAAUAUUAAUUCGGCUUUCCAGGUUGUAUUUGAAGGUGUUGCUGGAGAUAGUUACUAUGGCAAUAUUGCACUUGAUGACAUCACUUUUACUACAUCCUGUUCACUCAGUUCUAUUAGUCGACUGCCAACAGCGCCACCAACAACACCUCCACCAUUCCCACCAUCCACAACUCUCCAUCCAGCCUGUGAAACCGGAGAAUUUUACUGUACAGCAGAUAAUGUGUGCAUUGCACCACAAAGUGUUUGUGAUUUCUAUAGUGACUGCUCAGAUGGUCAAGAAGAGACUGACAGAUGCAUAAAUUCAACUUGCGACUUUGAAGAUGACAUGUGUGGUUGGGUAGGUGCCUAUACCGGAUCAAGGAAACGCAGAGACAAACCGCAGUUUGCAUGGGACCGACAACAAGGCAGUACAGCCAUGCCAACCGAUUACAGACCAAGUACUGAUCACACCAAAGGAACAAGUAGUGGUUAUUACCUGUAUGCUGAUAACUCCCCUGGAACAUACCGAGACACUACCAAUAUCACCACUCCCUUGAUUGGACAGACUGGACCAAACUGUCAUCUAGAAUUCUGGUAUCAUAUGGGAGGUAGCAAUUCAGGCUCACUACAAGUUUUCACUCAGUUUGGAAAUGUUACACAUUUGAAAUUUACAUUGAGUGGUGCGUCGGGUGAUGAAUGGAAGCGUGGUCUGCUGUUUAUUGGAACAGACCAAAUGUUUAAGAUAAUAGUGUCGGCAUCUAGAGGUUCCAGUUACUAUGGUGAUACAUGUAUUGAUGAUAUCAAGUUUUUGGAAUGCGCACCUCCAGUUAUAAGUGGUGUUGACUGUACUAAUGAGGAGUUCCGCUGUACCAACGGUUUCUGUAUUGAUAAGAAGAAAGUGUGUAAUUUUGUUGAUGAUUGUAUGGAUAAUUCUGAUGAAGAUCAUUGUGAUAAUUUAGUAGGUCGAUGUUCUUUUGAGCUCGACACCUGUGGAUGGAAACAAGAAUCCGGGGAUGAAUUCGACUGGACAUUUUACUCAAGCGCAACAUCAUCGUACAGCACUGGGCCAAGUACUGAUCACACAUACAGAACUACUUAUGGUCAAUAUGCAUAUAUUGAGACUUCAAAUCCAAGGACGUUUGGAGACAGGGCAAGACUUGCUAGUCAAACCAUUAAAGGCGCCAGUACUGGUUGCAGAAUCAUGUUAUGGUAUCACAUGCUCGGACCAACAAUAGGCUCCUUUUCUGUUUUGUUGAGAACGUCUUAUCUUAAUGGUGACAGCGAUUUACAAGUAUUAACAAAUGUUACAGGAGAACAAGGGGAUUAUUGGUGGCCGCUUGAUGUAACGAUAUAUAGUGAAGCGGAUUUUAAGAUUGUAUUGGAAGGAAUGACUGGUUCAUAUUUUACUGGUGAUAUUGCGAUAGAUGAUGUAAGUUUUAGCAGUGAAUGCAUCAGUGGUGGCAGCAUUCCUGGCGAAGUGACAACAACAGAUACGCCGUUGCCAACAUGUGUAGAAGAUGAAAGAAUGCUAGCUUGUCAAGAUGGAUCAGGAUGUUUUUAUACUUGGCAACGGUGUAAUUUUUAUCCAGAGUGCACAGACGAGUCAGAUGAGAAAAAUUGUGGAAAAUCCUGUAAUUUCGAAUCAGGUUUAUGUGGCUGGAUAAAUUCUUUAUCAGAUCAGUUUGAUUGGACAUUGGAACAGGGAUCAACUCCUUCUAUAAAAACUGGACCAACCAGCGAUCAUACAUUUGGAAAUGAACAAGGUCAUUACAUGUACACAGAAGCAGAUGCUGAGCCACGUAAAAGCAUCGCCCAUCUACAAACCUUACCAUAUCAACACAGCCGUGAAGAUUGUCAGCUGACAUUCUGGUAUCACAUGUAUGAUUUCUACGACAGGUAUAUGGGGACACUGACAAUUUAUAUUAAAUAUGGAAAUCAUAAGCCUGAACAAAUAUGGAGUGUUGCUGGCAAUCGGGGCGACCUUUGGCAGAGUGCUACAGCAGUGAUAGGUCGACAUGAAGAAUUUAUCAUUAUUAUUGAAGGGAAGCGUGGUUUAAGUAUCUAUAGUGAUAUUGCUAUUGAUGACCUGAAAUUUGAAAAUUGCUACGAUGCUAACUACAUCAGACCAUGUGAUGAGACAGUGGAGUUUGAAUGUCAAGUUGAAAGUCGGUGUCUACUAUUAGAUAAAGUAUGUGACUAUAAACCGGAUUGUCAAGAUGGAUCGGAUGAAAUUGAUUGUGGUGUGAAACCCGGAGAUUGCCAUUUUGAUUAUGACAAACCAUACUGUGAUUAUGAACAAUUGGAUGAUGAUGAUUUUGAUUGGAUAGCAGGAAUUACGACACCUAGUAAUUUUAGUGGUCCUGAUUUUGAUCACACUGUGGCAAAUACAUCUGGAAAUAGUCAGUUUCUUUACGUUGAUAGUACAGUUCAAAAUGAAGGUCAGAUUGCUCGCAUUGCUACCACGAUAUUUUUCCCAGCCAGUAAUGGUGUAUGCACAAUGAGAUUCUGGUAUCACAUGCUGUCUUCUUUUGCUAAUGAUGUGGGCAUUCUGAGAGUAUACACAGAAUCAGAUGUUGAAAAUGAUCAGAGAUUAUUUAUGUGGCAAAAGAGCAGAAAUAUGGGAAAACAUUGGAACUAUGCUAAAGUAGUACUCAGUAAUCCACAUAGCUUCCGAGUUGUAUUUGAAGUCAUCAUGGGUGAAAAAGAACAAUCAGAUAUUGCCAUCGAUGACAUUACUUUCACAAAGUCAUGCCACUCUCCAGACGAUGACACAGCAAUCAUUCCAGGUAUAUGUACACGUAAUCAAAUAUAUUGUCCUGGUGAUCAGAUAUGUAUAUCUAAAUCCUGGUUGAAUGAUGGGAAUAUCGAUUGCCCAACUGAUUGUUAUGAUGAAGAACAAUUCAGAUAUAAUUGCGAUGCUGGCAUUGUAGCUGGUGCUGUAAUCGGUGGUUUGGUUGUUGCAGGAAUUGUCAUUAUUCUCGUUGUUGUUACUCUACGAAAAUUAAAAGGAAAGCAUUCAAACUAUAGAUUUGGUAGUAGUUCCAUCUUCGAUGACAAGGCUGGGGGUGUAUUUUCUGUUGACAAUCCAGUGUAUGAUUCCACCACAUCUGAACACCAAGACUGA